AACCAACGAAUGAUUCGACUCCCAACACUGUGUAGGAGGGAUUUCUGUGUAGGAGGGAUUUGGAAUCUGGACCACAUAUGCCCCCCCGACCGCAGUUCCAGAGGUGCUCGACAAUAUUACUCCCUGGUCGCCUUGUUUUACCAACUUUUACAUCCAGAUCUAGACGGUGGAAAUCUGAACUCAAGUCCCCGAGUUGUAACCUAGUAAUCCGUCCGUCCGACCGUCCCAGGUAGAUAAUUUAGAGACGAGGGACCGGGUGCCAACUGCCAAGCGCAAACCCCCCAAAGAGUGGUCCCCUGACCCCUCCUCAAUCGUGCAAAAAAAGUAAACGUAUAGACUACUGAGUGUUUUAAUCCACAGUUAAUGUCAAUGGAACCUUUGCGGCCUCCCGGGUCCUCCUCCAGACUAUAGCAUUAAUGAUUUUUUUGGGGGGCUAAGAGCUUGAUAUUUUUCCAGCUUGAGAGGUUCUCUCUCAUUUUUGAAGGGAUUGUCGAAAUGAGAAAUGGAGGACCCUUCUCGUCAGUACCGGAAGUGCAGGAGAAGAGGGACUCCGAAUUAGGUGUGUAGUGAGCAAGCCCUUGGGUGGUAAAAAGCACCAUCUCUAUGCUGUUCUGAGGAACUAGUGGAAUUGGAUGGAGAAGGUUUCUGGUGAAAAUGGCGGGGAAGGGGAAGUGGUUUCCGAGAUAAGUAAGAGAAAACGGCAGAGGGUUGAAAACAGUCUGGGAAAUGAAGGUGAUGGAGUUCAAGGGUGGUUUGGUGGGGGGAAUGCCAAAGGUCUUAGUGUCGGGGAAGAAAUUGCGCGGCUGUUUGGUGAGGUCAGUGAUGUAAGUGGCGGUCUGGGUCUUGAUGAUGGAAGUUUGCAGCUUUGGGCUGGUGGAGAUGGUCAAGAAAUUAGCGAAGCUGCGUGUGGAAAUGGCAGUCAAAUUCUUGGCGAUGUACGCGAAGGAACUCAAGGUGGGUAUGGUGAAGUCAUCGGUGGAAAUGAUGGUCUAGGUCUUGAUGGUGAAGCAAUUCAGCUUUGGGGCAGUCAAGAUGCUUGUACAAAUGGCGGUGGGAUUCCUGGUGACCGAGGAAUUCAGUUGGACGGGCUUGGUGAAACUACAUGUGAAACUGAUGGCCUUAUUCUUGGUGGUGGCGAAGAAGUUCACGAGGCGUAUGGAGACGUUAUGAGCGGAAACGGUGGCCUUAAUAACGGUAAAGCUGUUCAGCGUUGGAGCUGUGGAACUGCAUGUGGAGAAGACUGUAGCGGGGUUCUUACCAGUCAAGGACUUCAGUUGGGUGGUUCUAUUGAGAAUGCUUAUGACAAAAAUGGUCUGGAUUUUAGUAGUCAAGGAUUUCAAGGCUUCUUUAGUAAAAUCAGCGGGGAAAAUCUUGUUGAUGAAAGAAUUCAAGCCCUUUUUGGUGAAGCGAGCUAUGGAAACAGUGGCUUGAGUUUUGGUGAUGGCAUCCAGUUUUGGUGCGGGGAAGCGGCCUGUUCAAAUCUUGAUGGUAAAGGACUCCAGGGUCGAUUUGGUGAUAAUGCAUGUGGGAAUGGAGGUGGGAUCCUUGGAGGUGAAACAAUCCAAAGUGGGUAUGGUAAAAUUGGAGGUGGAAAUGGUGACAGACAAGAGGUGGCUGGGUCAAAAGGAAAGCGUGGUCGGCCAAAGGGAUCAAAGAACAAGAAGAAAUUUUUUUAUGCUGACGAUAAAGAGGGCAUUGAAAGGUUGGGUGGAGCUGCCGGUGAAAAUGGAGUUAGAGAUGAGGUUGUUAAGUCGGAGAGCAAGCGGGGUAGGCCAAAGGGUUCAAAGAAUAGAAAGAAAAUUCUUGAAAUAGGCAGAAAUGAGGGAACGCCAGGUGACAUUGUUGGUGGAAAUCGCAAUGAGCGGGGGAUUGUCUGUCUGACAGCUCUGGACAACGAGAGGCUAAUUCAUGAAAAAGAUAUAGGUCUGGCUGUUGAAGAAGCCUUUGCUCCUAGUGAACCUGGACAUGGGAUCGUCAGGGCAAAGAAAAAGCGUGGUCGACCAAAGGGUUCAAAAAAUAAGAAAAGAAAUCUGAGAAUGCCUGGUGAAAUAGAAACAAAUGAUGGCAGUGAUGGAAUUUUUCCGCCUACUGAUUUAGUGAAUGAGAGGCAGACUCCUGUAUUCGAGGAAGAGAGGAAGUUUCCUGUUGAAGCCACUCCUGGUAGUGAAGGCCGGAAGGAGAUUCCCAGGCCAAAGGAUAAGCGUGGUCGACCAAAGGGCUCGAAGAAUAAGAAAAGCAUGGCAGGUCACGAAAAUGUAGAAAUAGCUGGAAAAAUUGUGGGUGUUAAUGAUAUUUGUGAUAAAUCAGUUUGGCCAACAGAAUUGGGGAAUGAGAUGCAACCUUUUGUGGGUAAGGAAGAUAGGGGAUUUCCUUCGGAAUCCACUAAUGAUAAUAAAUGUGGAAAUGAGAUUUUCAGGAAAAAGUUUAAGCGUGGUCGACCUAAGGGCUCGAAGAAUAAGCAGAAAAUUCUUGCGGGUAAGGAAAAUCAGGGAAUACCCUGCACAAUCGUGGGCAGUAAUGAUGGUAUCUGUCUUGAAACUUCAUUGAGGUCUGAGGGUGAGAGGCCUACUGUUGCAAAUGAAGAAGAUCGGAAAAGGCCUAGAGGGAGGCCCAGGAAGUUCAACAACCGACAGAGAGACUCUGGGGGCAUUAGGAAGGGAAGAUCAGCCGAGAAUGGAUUGGAAAGUUCGGGAUUAUCAGAUGAUACUAGCAAUAAAAGUCAAAGGAGCUUAAGGUGCCACCAGUGUGGGAGAAAUGGUAGAAGAGACGUUGCUUGUUCCAAUUGCAAAAAGAAACGCUAUUGCUACACGUGCCUUGCAAAGUGGUACCCGGAGAAAACAAGAGAGGAUGUAGAAAUUGCAUGCCCAUUUUGUCAUGGUAUUUGCAAUUGCAGAGUAUGCCUCAAGGACGAUUUAAAUGUGAUGGAGGGACAAGAACCAGAAGAUAUGGAUAUCAGUGAGAAAUUGCAAAAGUUGCUUUACUUGCUAUGUAAAACUCUGCCUCUCCUUAGGCAUAUUCAACAGGAACAAAGCUUUGAAUUAGAUGCCGAGGCCGGCAUAUGUGGGAUCAAAAUUAAGGAAGAGGACAUUUCAAGAGCUGUACUUGACGAUGAUGAUAGAGUCUAUUGUGACAAUUGCAAUACAUCCAUUGUCAACUUCCACAGAAGCUGCUCCAAUCCUGAUUGUUCGUAUGAUCUCUGUCUCACGUGUUGCCAAGAACUAAGAAAAGGAUUUCAGCAUGGAGAUGAAGAAGCGGAAUCUUCCCACAGACAGUUUUUUGAAGGACUAUGUGGUCAAAACACAGAAUUGAAUGGUCAGACUGAAAAUGGGAAGAGAUGUGGUGCGGAAAGCGAUAUGGCCCUUCCUGUGACUGAGGGGAUAGCAUACAUGUCAUGUAAUUUUCCUGAUUGGAAAGCAGAGGCUGGUGGUAGGAUUCCUUGCCCUCCAAAGAUACGAGGAGGUUGUGGUAAUGAGAUGCUUGCACUGAGACGUAUAUUUGAAGCUAAUUGGGUCUUCAAUUUGAUCAAGAGUGCAGAAGACCUCCUUUGCAAUUAUCAGCCACCAGAUAAUGACUUUUCUCUAGGAUGUUGUUUGUGCCAUCCCAUGGCAGGCGAUAGGGUAAGAGAUUCUGAAGUAAGGCAAGCAGCACAUAGGGGGAGCAGUAAUGAUAACUUUCUCUAUUGCCCAAAUGCUGUUCACUUGGAGGAAAAUGAAUUUGAACAUUUUCAAAUGCAUUGGUCACGAGGUGAACCUGUCAUAGUUAGAAAUGUGCUUGAAAAGACUUCCGGUCUUAGUUGGGAACCAAUGGUCAUGUGGAGGGCUUUUGUUGGGGCAAAAAGGAAAUUGAAAGAGGAGGUAGCCAGCUUUAAAGCUAUUGAUUGCUUAGAUUGGUGUGAGGUUGACAUUAAUAUCUUCCAGUUCUUCAAGGGCUACCUACAGGGUCGUAAUUAUAGGAAUGGGUGGCCAGCAAUGUUGAAGCUGAAGGAUUGGCCUCCAUCAAAUGCUUUUGAGGAGUGUCUGCCAAGGCAUGGUGCCGAAUUUGUUGCCAUGCUUCCCUUCGGUGACUAUACCAAUCCUAGAUCUGGGCUUCUGAAUCUAGCUACAAAGCUUCCUGCUGUUUUGAAGCCAGACCUGGGACCCAAAACAUACAUUGCUUAUGGAUCUUUGGAAGAACUUGGUAGAGGUGAUUCAGUAACAAAGCUACACUGUGACAUUUCUGAUGCGGUUAAUGUUCUGACACACACAAGCGAGGUAAGGAUUCCUCCAGGACCAAAAAUCAUAAAGAAGUUAAAGAAAAAACAUGAAGCUGAAUAUUUGCGUAAGCUUUGUGGUGGGACCCAUAAGUUUCCAGGCAAAUCUAGAAGAAAGCAACCAAAGAGAUCUUGCAAAGGUAAAAGCUUGGCUCAUAAAAAUUCUGAUAAAACCGACGUUAUUGAGAGUGGCUCUUUGUCAGUGGAAAGGCUGAUUAUAGAGGAAGGAACACUGGAUGGAAAACAAAAUAAAUCCUUGAGAAGUAAUGGGGAGAGGAUAAGUAAUGUGGUUAAGAAAGAGGUUGAAUUGAUAAGAUGCUCAUCAACAUGCGAUGUCCUUGCUAAAGAUACCUUUUUACCUGAAAGCAUGGAACUCGUAGAAAGCACAAAAGACAAUAAGGAAAAUGAAAGAGCUUCUGGUGUGAAGGUAAAAGUUGACGAGUUUUGCUCUGUUGAAAAUCAGCCUGACACAUGCACAAGCUUGAUUGAAUUGAAUUCCUCCAUUGUGCCUAAUUGCAUGAGUGAGGACUUAAAACCAGAUGUGACUGAACUACCUAUAUUUAAAGGAUUUUGCAUUUGCCAAUGCAGGGAUAUAGAGAACAUUUCACUUAAUGAGAUAAAAACUGGUACAAACCUUCCUGCUACUCUUGAAGUAUGUUGUGCGAGAUGCAAACUCAUCACUAAGAGGAAUAUCUUAUCAUUAGCUGAAGUGGAGUGUGGUAGCAAUGGUCCUUCUGAUCGACUAUAUUCCCGUAAUGAAAUGAUUGAAACUGACAAUCCAGAAUAUUACCUGCCUUCUAGUUUGACAGUGACUGGUAGGAUGGCUGACGGAAAUGAUGUAGAGGAAGUGACAUUUUUGGGAAACCGCACAGAUGGCCUGAAGUUGGAUCCAGUUCAGAGAAAAGUAGAUCACAACUCUUUUGCAGAAAGUAGGGAAGUUCUGAAUAUCCCUUCUUCUAAAGAACAGGGUUCAGGCCUCACUCUUCCUACUACUAAAGAAUUUUGGCCUCCUUAUGAAUCUGAUGCUAAAGAUGCAACGGUUGAAAAGGAUUCAUGUAAUCUAAAAUACUUUCAUCCUUCCAAAAUAACAGCAGAAUUAAAGUCUGUCCAUGGAAAAGAUUCUACAGGUGCAACAGUUUCAGGCAAUGUUAAUGGCAACUUGGAGUUAACCAAACUGGAAGCAAAUUUGACUGGAGAUUACCCUCAAAACAAUGAUAUGUCGAAGACUCUAUAUGGAGGUGCUGUGUGGGAUAUUUUUCGUAGGCAGGAUGUACCGAGAUUAAUUGAGUACUUACAGAAGCAUCACAAAGAAUUUUGCCACAUCAAUAAUCUUCCUGUGGAUUCUGUUAUUCAUCCUAUUCAUGACCAAACUCUUUAUCUAAGUGAGAGGCAUAAAAAGCAGCUGAAGGAAGAGUUUGGUGUUGAACCAUGGACAUUUGAGCAACACCUUGGUGAGGCUGUGUUCAUUCCUGCUGGAUGUCCACAUCAAGUGAGAAAUAGACAGUCAUGCAUCAAAGUAGCCCUUGACUUUGUUUCCCCUGAAAACGUCCAAGAAUGCAUUCAGUUGACAGAGGAGUUUCGCCUGCUACCAAAAAGCCAUAGAUCUAAGGAAGAUAAAUUAGAGGUGAAGAAGAUGGCACUAUACACCGUUUGUGUUGCCGUAAGUGAGGCCAAAUGUCUGAUGUCAAAAAUUGUUUCCUCAAAUGGAGACAAGAAAGCUCAGGAGCAGGCAUUUUAACAUUAAAGAAAGGAAGUUGCAUAUCUCUGAGACAUUCUGUUUUAGAAUCGUUCGUCAGUGGUCAUCAAUGAUGUUUUCCUAACCAAACUCAUAAAUGACUACUUGUUUUUGUCUAAAAGGUUACAGACCUGCAUGAGUUUGCCCUCUACUGUACACAGGAAAUAUGUGUUAUACAAGACUUUGCAUGUAAACUAUACUUUCUCCGCAGUACUCUAAACAUUUUGUCAGUGAUAUUUAAUGACUGACUUGUAUGUA